AUGGCGCAAACCCCACGAGGCCAGAGGUGCGAGGAGGCAGCUGUAACGGCCUUCGUGGCAAGCCAGAGACCGGUCGGGCAACAAGCUGGCUCUGCCUCGCCCGCCACGUUGGGUCAGAGUCCAAGUGCCGUGGAGGAUGUGCUGGAUGUAGAGAACAAGCGUAUGGCAGACAGCCUAGCCAGCAAGGUCACCAGGCUGAAGUCGCUGGCCCUGGAUAUUGACAAAGAUGCUGACGAACAAAACCGUUACCUGGAUGGCAUGGAUUCAGAUUUUAUGAGCGUGACUGGCCUGCUAACCGGCAGUGUGAAGCGUUUCUCCACCAUGACGCGGUCCGGGAGGGAUAAUCGCAAGUUGCUCUGUUAUGUUUCAGCGGGACUGAUUGUUGUUUUCUUCAUCCUCUACUAUCUUGUGUCCAAAGCAGGGACUUGAGCUUGUUGUUCUGCAAGUUUUACAGAACAAAAAACAUGACGAUUGACAGACUUGUUCAACGCCUUUCUCAGUCUGCCCUGUGGUGGAGUCUUUGAGGUGUUCCAGACAGACCUUCCAAAUAACUUUUCUUUCCACCAGCUUCUUGUCAUUGUUCUGGCUGGUCUCAGACAUCUCUUUAUAAAAUGAGUAUUUGAUUCUAAAUGGAUUUUGAUGUUGUUGAAUGCUUACGCCUUUAUCUCUAGCCUUGUUGUCCAUGUCUUGCAGCCUAUUUUUAAGGGCCACUUUUGUGUUACCUCCCUUACUGAUAUUCGGUACUAGGCUUGUGAGGCAAAUCUGGAGACUUGUCGAUACUCAAAAGUUUAAUAAACCAGCCGAGCUUUGGAAGCUAUAGUAUUUAGGAUGCUGAUUAUGAGAUUCAGAAGUAUGAAUGUGUGACUUACAUUCCGGUGUGGCCACUCAGCUGAUACCUGGUCUGUUUCCCCUUGACUUGGAGACCUGUUAAUAACCGUGGUGUCCCUGGGUAGAAAUGAAAUCUUUACUGCUUUGUAAUGAAAUUAACAGCAGAUCUGGACCCUGAUACUCUGUAAUUGUUGCAGUGAAGAGUUGCAGAGGAGCAAGACUUUAUUUAAAUGCUAGCUCGGUCUUCUUUAUCAUCCUUCUGGGUAAAGCUGGGGAUGAACCCUGCAAGAAAGGAGGGCCAAAGUCCAUAAGCCACCUUGAUUUACACACGUAUAGUAUCUUCCAGUACCUUUCCACACACUUGCAAACGCACUCCCUUAGACUAUUAAAUCGGUGUAAAGAAAAUCUGACAGCAAGAGGUCCAGUUAAUUUCAGUUAUUAUGGUACCCUGGUAUUACAGCACUUUGGGAAGAUGAUGUGCAAAUAAAAGCAGAGGUUGAGGUCAAGUGAAACUCCUAAACAGUGCUGUUGGGGUGGUGGUGGAGGUCAAGGAAGGAUUUGAUGGGAGGGUUGCCUUGUUUGCUUAUUUAUUCAUGUAGAAGGUAACCUAGGAAACCCUUGCUUUGCCUUUCAUAGUGCUUUGGGGAUCCCUGCCUGCAGUGCUCGUGUGAGAUGUGUGGCAAGGCACAUCCCUACCAGUUUUGUUAACAAAGCAGUCGUUCCUGAUGAACAUGCAAUGCGUGCCGGAUUUCCUCGCCCAAGGUGGUGCACGCAGCUCUGGGAGCGCAGUAGCUGGGAACUCCAUCUUCCCUUCAUCCUCCUUGCCUUUUGUUGGGCUGAUCCUUGGGCUGCUCACUAGUGUCACGACCCCAGCUGUGUUCUUCCGUAGCUGAAUUAUUUAAGUCUGCCUAUGACUGAAGUAAGAGAUAUGUAACUUUAAAAAUACUGUGCCUGUUGGGAGAAAGGAAAAAUAAUUU